AACACAUACUUUCAAUACCACAGUUAUAUAAUUAUUUUUUGUUUAGACUUAUCCAAUAAAAGAAACAAAUCAUUAGGCCUAUGUUUAAACAUAACUUCUUCUUCCGAGAAGUUUCUUCAGCAUGAAGAUUCAAGAUUUGAGUUCUCAUUACGCGAUCGGCUGGACAGGCACGCGUGAACCCGGCGCCUGUGUUUUAUGAAUGACCCUGACAAAUUUCCUUUAUUAUGAGUGAGUGUGACUACAAUAACAUGGGCAUGGAGAGCUCGCCUAGCAUCCCGUCCAUCACUGGCAAUGAGACACGGACAAACCUUAUCAUCAACUACCUACCACAGACCCUCACUGACCAGGAGUUCUACAAAAUAUUUAUUGUUGUUGGGCCUAUUAAGAAUUGCAGAAUUAUGAAGGAUUUAAAGACCGGGUACAGCUUCGGGUUUGGGUUCGUGGAAUAUCACAAGCCGGAGGACGCAGCCAAAGCUAUCCUGCAGCUAAACAACCUCCCCGUGCAGCACAAGCGAAUCAAAGUCUCCUACGCCAGACCUCCUGGAGAGGACAUCAAGGAAACUAAUCUCUACAUUCAGAAUAUCCCCAGAUCCUACACGUUAGACCAGCUCGACGAUUUGUUUGCUCCUUUUGGCCAAAUUGUUCAAAAAAAUUUACUGAAGGACAAAGUCACAGGUCUUCCGAGGGGCGUUGGCUUUGUCAGGUACGACAAGAAGUCUGAAGCAGAGCUGGCCAUCACGCAGAUGAACGGUGUUAUCCCUGAGGGCGGCCACGACCCGUUGGUGGUUAAGGUGGCAGAGGAGCACGGCAAGAUGAAGGCUGCGUACUACGCUGGCUACCAUGCUGGUCUGCAGAACAACAGGGGAUCCUUCAGAGGCAGAGGUCGCGGCAGUUUCAACAGCCGGGGCGGCGUUAUGGGCUUCAACAGAGGAGGCUUUAAUAAUUCGGGUAAGAUGCCCACCGACCGACCUCUGAACGACAGAUUCCACCCGUCAAGUUUCAACAAGUUUAACGGAGUUCCUUCGUAUGAUGGCAACCACGUACCCUUUCACCACGCCAGCCACGGCAGCUACAAGAAUGGUCCUGGCCCGAGCUACGGCUACAGCCGCGGUUCAUACGGUGCUACGUCCGCCUCGUACGGCGGGGCGUCCGGCAAAUACGGCGAUAGUUCCGGGACUUACGGCGGAAGUGCGGCUUCAUACGGUGGUGCCGGUUUUUAUGAUGAUACAUUCGGCACGUACUAGGAUAUGGUGCUUUACAGCACGUACUGGGCAGUAUGGUGCUUUACAGCACGUACUGGGCAGUAUGGUGCUUUACAGCACGUACUGGGCAGUAUGGUGCUUUACAGCACGUACUGGGCAGUAUGGUGCGAUGUCCAGACGUGUAGCUAUGCUGCGUGCCCUCAAUUGUUAGUUUUCAUGUACGCUUCUUGAAAGGAGGUUAAGAUUUCUCAAGCUUUACGAUUUCAGUUAAGAAUUCAUAACUUGAAGUACGAGUAGGUCGAUGGUGUCGGAAUGCGAUACAGCAACAGCUCUCUGAUCACAACGGCUGAACUUUGUUCUCUACUUCAGCCAUGUGUCUACUAAAGAUAUCGCUGUUUGUAUGACGAGUUUUGCAAUAUAUUUGUAUGGUGCGGCUCAUUUUGGUUGAUGUAAACUAACAACCGAGUACUACUUAAAUCAGCCUCUGUAUUGUUGUAGGUUGUUAACACCAGGUAUGUUAUUGGUGGGAGUUUUCUGAUUGCUAAUGUUUCGGCUGUUACGUUCUCGUGUGAUAGAUUGCUUGGCGCUCUGCUGCACGCUGCCGUCUUGGGUUGCGUGGCGAGUUAAAUAUUGUGGUGGAACUCCCUGGGCUGCCAAAUCCUGUUAUUCAGAUAGAAGAAUUAGAUUGCGGAGGGACUAGGCAGGGUUCGUUGUGGUGGGCCAGUAACUUCCUUUACGUCCUUUCAUUUAAAUGCUUCGACACUCGGUGUAAAGCUCGCGAAAAUAACGCAUGUUUCUGCUGUUAGGUGCAGAUGCAAUUUAUAUCCCUUUCUCGAAAACCAAUUUUACUCGUCACAAAUUUUGUCACCUGUUGGUUCGUCUUUUAAUGUUAAUCUUCCAGGGCAUUAGUCACCGUUUUGCUGAUUGACCAGACAUUUAGUCGUGCUUUCUCAAUUCUUUUAUAGAUCACAGGGAGCGUUUUAUUCUUAUGAUAAUGAUGCUGAUGCAUGCGAGCAGCAUCUUUGGUGCCGGUACCGUAACUUGUUCAGCAAGAUUUGUUAACUUAUAAUUGUUGCGUUGUUGAGCAGCUGACAUAUUUUAUGAGCUCAGUGAGCUUCUGUUGCCAGGUGAGUUGCAAGACUUCGUUCAGUGUUCAUUAGUUGGGAGGCGAGGUUAGGUCCUCUUCGAGUGGCGCGUUUAUUGAGCACCAGACAUUUAGUCUUGGUCUCGAGUCAUUCCCUUCUCGUUCAUUUAUUAUUAUUUUUUUUCUCACUAACGACAGUUUUUCCUGUCACGGCAUUUUUAAGAAGCGUUUUUUUCUGCGUUUAUUAAUUUUAGUUUUUUCCUUGAUUUAAUGUUUUGAUUGUAGUAAUCAAUAUUGACUAACCGCGAGUUAUCCUUCAUUGUUCAUCAUACUGUAAGGUUGUUCUUUUUUCCUCGAGUUCGUCAUAGUAGAGUAGAGUGGCAUUCUUAAUCGUAUGAAUUAUUGGCUUAUUCAUAUAACCCGUUAUUCUAAUGAAGCGGCAGUGAACAUGAAAUUAUCUUCUGCGUCAGCGCUUGGUCUAAAUGUUCACGUCAUUCUUCGUCCAUUGAAUGAUCGCUUCGAAUUUUUUGAUGGCGAUUGAAUUAUUUUCCUUGCUUGUUGACGAUGCAUUAGGACGAAUGCAAUACAAAUGUCGCCGCAGUGGGCGGGAGUGUUUAUUUGCUUGCUUUUUUAUCAAGUCAAUGCGUAGCGGAUUUGUUUUUCUUGAUGGAAUAUCCGUGCGCAACUUGAGCCUGAAUGUAUUUGAACACAAUAAAAUGAAACCAAAGCAGUU